GCCCCAGCGCUGACCCCGGAACUGACUCUCUGCUGCAUCCGGGUCGGGCCCGCCUCGCCUGUCAGGUUGUCGCCCCCGUUCCUGCCGGGUGCUUUCGGUGUCGGGUCAGCCUGAGCGUGUCCCGAGCGGCCGGCCAUGGCGGAUACAGCGCAGAACGGGCCCAUGCAGGCUGGCGCCGGCGGCGGAGCGGUGCAAUUUCUGAUGACUAACAAGUUGGACACAGCAAUGUGGCUUUCCCGAUUGUUCACAGUCUACUGUUCAGCUUUAUUUGUUCUGCCCCUUCUAGGGUUGCAUGAAGCAGCUAGCUUUUAUCAACGUGCCUUGCUAGCAAAUGCGCUUACCAGUGCUCUUCGACUACACCAAAGGUUACCACAUUUCCAGCUAAGCAGGGCAUUCCUGGCCCAGGCUUUGUUGGAGGACAGCUGCCACUACCUUUUGUAUUCUCUUAUCUUCGUUAAUUCUUAUCCUGUUACAAUGAGUAUUUUCCCAGUUCUGCUGUUCUCGUUGCUUCAUGCUGCCACAUAUACAAAGAAAGUUAUUGAUGCAAGAGGUUUGAAUAGUCUGCCUUUCCUGAGAAGUCUUUUAGAGAAACUAAAUGCUAAUCAACAAAAUAUCCUAAAAUUUAUUGCUUGCAAUGAAAUUUUCCUGAUGCCAGCUACAGUUUUUAUGCUUCUUAGUGGCCAGGGGAGUUUGCUUCAGCCUUUCAUUUACUAUAGAUUUCUUACAUUGCGUUAUUCCUCCCGUAGAAAUCCAUAUUGCCGGACUCUUUUCACAGAGCUGAGGAUCGUUGUUGAACACCUAAUAAUGAAGCCUUCAUGCCCUCUUUUUGUAAGAAGACUGUGCCUCAAUAGCAUUUCCUUUAUAAGCAGACUGGCACCAACAGUUGCAUAAUUAACUUUCAGAAAUAUGUGUAUGUAUAUAUUGUGAACAUUAUGAGCUGCUGGCAUUUCUGCUAAUGGUUAUAAAUUCCAGUUUUUACACUGAUCUCACUCGUUUGUAUAAAAUUGUCUAUAGAUUUCCCUCUGAGAUAUUCAGUGCAUUGUCUCACAAAUAAGUCCUAAGUUUCCAAGAAAAUAUUACUAUGCUGUAUUGCUAAUUGGUGAAAGUAUCUGUUUCCCUCUUAGCCAAAAUUAUUUUAAGGAAAAAAUACUCAGUCAUACAGAAUGUUAAACAAACAAAAAAACAAAUGGUUAACAGAGAAUUGUACCUGUUUUCCCCCCCAUAAAUAGAUCUACUGAAAGCAGAUAUAUAUUUAAGAAUUUUAGUCAAUCCUAGCUGUAUGCAUAGCUACUAUAAGAUGUUACCACAGCAUAACUUGUAGUCUGUUACAGACCGCAAUUGGCAUACAGACAUAUGCAGUACAUUUUGGACAGUAUUCUUUUCCACACUCCAAAUAUACCCAGUACACUUAAUUUGUUUAAAUUCACGUAGUCAGUUCGUGAAUGCAAACAUGGCCCAUUUAGGACGUAAUCAAAUGGAUUAAAAAUCUCAUGAACUGUGGUGGUUGAUGUGACAGUUUUCUGGGGGCGAGUCUGUUUUUUAAUGUCAUUUAAAAGUGAACACACCAAUAAAUCACCUUAUGCCCUCAUACUUUCACAUCCUGCAUUUGGGAGAAUUCUUAAAAAUCUGACCAUAUCAAACUCUCUGAACAGUGAGCUUGUGUUUCUAUAUGAUGAAUGUCUUUGUCACUAUAGUGAAGUCACUGACCAGUAGGCUUCUGUAUAAAAUGAAGCUGCAGUGUUUACACAAUGACUUGAGGUGGGUAGGAGUUUAAUGUAAUAGUGCAAAAAAUUAUUGCAAAUACAAGUGCUUUUGUGCCUAAAUAAGACUGCAGCAAUUUAGGCAUCGCUACUUUUUAGGAAAUAUAAGUUAAUCUGUAGCUAGUCCUAUAGGAAUUCUUUCCCCAGUUUCUAAGAACCUCACUGAGAUGGAGAACUUACAUAAAAGAUUGCACCUGGUCAGAAAUCUAUUGAAACAAAUUACCGUAGAGAAAAUUUGGCAUAAGUCAAUCUGUUCCUAUAACACUACUAAAUAUCUUGACUUCAGAAAUGCAUGUGAAAUUGAGUGCUGAUUACACAUUCACCCAGCAUACCUCAUUAUUGUAAAGGUAUUCUUUUUUUCCAGGAAUUACAUUUGUCUGAAUUUAGCCUGUUUCCUUAAAAUUUGGGUAAGAUGUUUGGGCGAGUAGGCACAGUAUACAAUUGAUACUUUAGUUGCAUAGAAGUUAAAUUUUAUUCGUUGAGCUUCUUUAUAAUUACUACUGCAUGAUCAGAUCAGACCUUAUACUAAAUAUUUGGGAAACUCUUGCUCCUUAAGUCAAAAUAUUUCCUUGUAAUUAUCUCAUUUCCUUACGUAUGUUGCAGAUGUAAUUUAGACUUUUCAGUCAUUAGUUUCUGUCAGGAGCCAUGCAUUGUACAUUUUUGCUCAACCUCCAGGUACUGACAAAAAUGAUGUUGUGAAUAAUUUUACUUGAUUGCUCUGACCUUGGCUUUUUUAGCGUAAUUAGCUAUUUAUGGAACUAUUACACACUGUGCAGAAGCAACUGCAUGCUAUACUCUGGUACAGCUGCUCAGACCUGCAACCAGCCUCAAUAUAUAUAUGUCCUGUGAUCUGAGUGUUUUUAUAAAAACUAAAAUUUCUACAGCAAUAAAAUGAAUGUUAAAAAAUAGUUUGCUAAUAGAUGGCUUUUCUAGUUUAUUUCCUCUGUGUAAAGUAACUGCAAUAUUCUGAGAUGAGUCCUGAAGUUGAGCAGAGAGUGCAAUUUUUGUGCGUGUGUGUUUUUCUCUACCUAGUCCCAUUACCACACUUGAAUCUAACCUAAAUGCUACACAGAUCAGAGCCCUGACACAUCCUUAUAUCCACCUUUAUUUUGGAUCCACCUUUUUACUUAUCCUAAGAAAGCAAGAUUUUAAAGGUUAGCACUGGUGUUCACAACCCUGGAGGGCAGCUUUCAAGAAAAAUGUUAGUUUUUCUUUUAAAUUUAAAUUGUGGUGCUUAAGGACCCAAAAACUUGUAACCAGAAGAACAGAAAUGUAAAUUUGCUCUUGAGCCUACCUGUCUUUGUAUGGCAGCAUGCUGUG